AUGCCCGAGGGCGGCGGUGGCGGCGACGGCGGGGAGGUGCCCGCGCUCAUCCCGGACGGCGAGCCGCUGCGGGAGGAGCAGCGGCCCCUGAAACAGUCCCUGGGGAGCUCCCUGUGCCGCGAGUCGCACUGGAAGUGCCUGCUUCUCACGCUGCUCAUCCACGCCUGCGGCGCCGUGGUAGCCUGGUGUCGCCUGGCCACGGUGCCACGGCUGAUCCUGGGGCCCGAGGCGGCCCUGGCCCAGGGGGCUGGGGGCCCGCCGCCCACCUACCCAGCCAGCCCCUGCUCGGAUGGCUACCUGUACAUCCCACUGGCCUUUGUCUCCCUCCUCUACCUCCUCUACCUGGCCGAGUGCUGGCACUGUCACGUGCGCUCCUGCCAGGCGCCGCGCACCGACGCCAACACGGUGCUCGCCCUGAUCCGCCGGCUGCAGCAGGCGCCGCCCUGCGUCUGGUGGAAGGCCACCAGCUACCACUACGUGCGGCGCACCCGCCAGAUCACCCGCUACCGCAACGGCGACGCCUACACCACCACGCAGGUCUACCACGAGAGGGCCGACAGCCGCUCGGCUCGGGGCGAGUUCGACUACUCGGCCCACGGCGUCCGCGACGUCUCCAAGGAGCUCGUGGGCCUGGCCGACCACGCGGCCACACGGCUGCGCUUCACCAAGUGCUUCAGCUUCGGCAGCGCCGAGGCCGAGGCCUCGUACCUCACGCAGCGGGCCCGCUUCUUCAGCGCCAACGAGGGCCUGGAUGACUACCUGGAGGCCCGGGAGGGCAUGCACCUGAAGGACGUGGACUUCCGCGAGUCCCUCAUGGUCUUCGCCGACCCUCGCAGCCCGCCGUGGUACGCGCGCGCCUGGGUCUUCUGGCUGGUGUCGGCGGCCACGCUGUCCUGGCCGCUGCGCGUUGUGGCGGCCUACGGCACGGCCCACGUGCACUACCAGGUGGAGAAGCUCUUCGGCGCCAGCUCGCCCGCACCCGGGGCCGGGCCCAGCGGGCCCCCGCUCUCCCGUGUGGCCACGGUGGACUUCACCGAGCUCGAGUGGCACAUCUGCUCCAACCGGCAGCUGGUGCCCAGCUACUCAGAGGCCGUGGUCAUGGACGCCAGCUCGGGCGCCUACCUCCGUGGCUGCCAGCGCUGCCGCCGCUCCGUCAGCAGCAACUCGCUGCCCCCCGCCCGGCCCAGCGGGCCCCGCCUGCCUUUUAGCCGCAGCCGCCUCUCGCUGGGAGCUGGGGGCCGCGCCACGCCGGGGGUCUUCCGAAGCCUAAGCGGGGGGCCGCUGGGGCGCCGUGGAGAGGACACGGAGCCCCUGGAAAGCCCACCGUGCUACGAGGACGCCCUUUACUUCCCCGUGCUCAUCGUCCACGGUGACAGCGGCUGCCAGGGGGACGGGCAGGGUGCGCUCUGAGACCCACGCGGCCCCCACACUGGCCCUCCCCCCACCAUCCCACCACGGGGCUUCCAUGCCUGAGUAAUUGUUAUCCAGAACAGGAGGGAAGACAGACCAGCACACAAGGGAUGGGGUGGGGUUGGAGCCCUUAGACAGGCUAACAUGCAGGGACCCACGGUCAUUUUGGGGGCGGAGGGACACCACCGCGGUUGGGUCUAGGUACCAUCCCAGCAUGGCUCCCCUCCAACCACCACCA